AUGGAUUUUUGUUUCGCGACUUUUGCUGCUGUUUUGGUGCUGCUAGGGGCUGCAUCCUGCGCUCCGACCGGACACCCUCUGCAUGAUGCAUGCGGGGCUGUGCGGAGCAGCUCUCUGGAGCUCAAUGACAUCGCCAGAUCUGUAUCAAUAAAGGCACGAAAUGGAUCCAAAGAUGUACUAAACUUCACCACCACCCUUGGUUGGAUGGAGACGAAAGACAUGUGUGACCCCGAGACUCUCAAACAGCAACCUGCGACAUGUCUUGGCAAGAUGUUCAACGUCCUGACCAGCUACAUCUCUGCAGUGGAGAGAGUCGCUGGAUUUGAAAGCUGCUCCAAAUUCGUCAAAGAAGUGGAGCUGCCGAUACACAAACUGCACAAAGACAUGAGCUCCUGUGUGAAGUCAGCAGCAGGGAUACAUCACCAGAAGGAGUCCAGCACCAAUAAAGGGGAGACAUGGCCCAAAGGUCACUGGAAGGAGAUUUAUCUGUGCCAGUACACCAUGGACAGACUCUUCUCCUUCUCCAUCCUCACCGCUCGUGUCUUUGCUGUUGGAGAUCCGGCUCAUCACACAGACAUUGUGGCUCAGAAAUGGGGAUCCAGGGAAUUUCUUGGAGGUCACUUGCUCUUCGCUAAAACCUACACAGUGUCUCCCCCUCACCUGUGCACCUGCGGCCCGAGAGGACACGAGGACACCGGCUGGAGUAUCGACAGCUGUCCGCCGCUGCAGAGGAACCAGCCCAAACCUAAGGAGGGCGGGGUUAAAGAAAAAACAAGGAAUUUCCUGGUGAGCUACGACAACACAGGAAGUCAGGAGCCGUUACAUCCCGAUUAA